CCGAGCCCUACUUAACCUCCCGCCCCAUUUUUUUCCUCAGAUUUCAACUAUCCUUGGCCCCUCACUUCUGUUCUCAGAGUUUAAGUCUUACGGAUGAAGGAAAAGGAGCUGUUUGAGGAAAACUCUUUAAGAGAAGAAAAAGCAAAAAUAAGAGACUUUUAUCAGAAGGACAGGUGAAGGCAAGACUUAUUCUUUGUAAAAAAGAAAUCCUCCAACAUUUCACGUCUAUCUAACUGAAGUUUCCCUAACUGGAGUUGAUCUACUGACUUUACAAUGUCUGAAAUCAGAUUUAGCAAUCUCACUUGGGAUCAAGUUAUAACACUGGAUCAAGUGUUAGAUGAAGUCAUUCCAAUUCACGGAAGGGGGAAUUUCCCCACACUGGAGGUAAAACCAAAAGAUAUCAUUCAAGUUGUGAAAGAUCAAUUGAUAGAGCAAGGAAUUAUUGUUAAAGAUACCCGAUUGAAUGGUUCCACGGCAAGUUAUAUACUUGCAAGCCACAAUGGAAUCAGCUAUAACGAUCUAGAUGUUAUUUUUGGCAUUGAACUACCAAGUGAUCAGGAAUUUCAAGUUGUUAAGGAUGCAGUUCUUGGUUGUCUACUUGACUUUUUACCAAAAGGUGUAAAAAAGGAAAAGAUCACCCUAAAGACCAUGAAAGAGGCUUAUGUGCAAAAGAUGGUCAAAGUUUGCAAUAAGCAUGAUCGUUGGAGUCUCAUUUCUCUUUCAAACAACACUGGAAAGAAUGUAGAGCUAAAAUUUGUGAAUUCACUCAGACGACAAUUUGAAUUUAGUGUUGAUUCCUUUCAAAUUGUUUUGGGUCCCAUGUUAGAAUUCUACAGUAAUAAAAGUGCUAAAAUAACCAAAGAAUCCUAUCCUGUUGUGGUAGCUGAAAGCAUGUAUGGAGACUUCCAAGAAGCAAUGACACAUUUGCAGUACAAGCUUAUAUCUACUAGAAAACCUGAAGAGAUUAGAGGUGGUGGCCUUCUGAAGUACAGCAACUUGCUGGUUCGUGACUUUAAACCAGCUUGUGAAGAAGAAAUCAAGACACUGGAACGUUAUAUGUGUUCUAGAUUCUUCAUUGAUUUUCCUGACGUAGCAGAACAACAAAAGAAGAUUGAAUCGUACCUCCAUAACCAUUUCAUAGGUGAAGAAAAGAGCAAAUAUGACUACCUUAUGACCUUGCAUGGAGUUGUGAAUGAAAGCACUGUUUGCCUCAUGGGUUAUGAAAGAAGGCAGACGCUCAAUAUGAUCAACCUUAUGGCUUUAAAAGCACUUGGAGAACAUAAUAUACUACCCAAUACAGAUAAUGUAACUUGCUUUUAUCAGCCGAUUCCAUACUUAGCUGCUGAGGGAGGGUACCCUACUUAUUAUGUAACAUCUGCACCACCACCUAUUUUCUUUCAGCCAUACCACCCACUUCACUUUCAUGUGCCAAAUGGUAUGGUUUAAAAACAAACACACAUACAACAGAAACUUUGCUUUAAUUAAACACCUCAUAAAGCAAGUUUCCAAAAUCAAUAAAAUUUAAGAUCUAUUUUUAUUUUUGUGCAGUUACCAACUAUUUUCCAUCAAUUAUAACUUAAGCCAUUAUAGUAAAUGCAAUGUCAUCUAUGAACUGGCCACUUAAAAUGAUUUUCAAGUGUUAUUGAUUAGCUAUAAUAACUUUCAAAUGUUGUGGACCACUUCAAAUGAUUUUCAAAUCUUACUAAGUCUUAAGUAAGACUUUCAAACUUGCUCCGACAAAUACAUUACAGAUGCCUGCAUCUUUAACCAAAAUAUAAAGGAACAGACUCAUGUAUUAAGAUCCAAAAGUACAGUACAGACAAGUGCCCCCAUUUUUGUAUUCAAUCAAUUCCUUUGUUUCAUUCACUUCAUUUUUUUUCUAGUGAAUAUUACCAUCAAUGAAUUUUCAGUACUUAACAAAAAUACCUAAUUUCAAAGACAACAGAUUCAGAAGAGAUUAAAACUCUGGAUUUUACAAGCACUUAUUUUGUUUUCCAAUUAAAUUGGGUUAGACACAAAAUCUUACUAUACUUUGAAGGAACACUGAAAAAAAACGGUUCUGAAAAACACUUAGACAUUAGUAAUUUGUCAACUAUCAAAUAACUUAAUUUGUUGAUCUGAAGAAUAAUACCAUCCAGCUGUAAAACCAAUACUGCAAUCAGUUUUAUAGGUUUCUUCAUUUUUCCCCUAAAUAAGUUGAAAAGAAUGGAAAUGACCAACUCUGAAUGUGAAAAUUGUCUGUCAUCUGUUAGAGACUCUAAAUGGCAAAUAGCAAAAAACAAACAAAAAACUAGGUACUGUGGUUUUUUUUGU